CAUCUACAGCAUCCGGCUGUGUUACGGAUGCUGGAAGCAGGUCUGCUGGGCACUGGAGACGUGGGCAACAGGAUGUGGACGAUCUUUGAGAGAUGCACCCAUGGCAAUCUUCGCGAUCUCCUUCUGCGUAGUGGCUGUGUACAGACGCAGGAGAUGCUACGCAUACUGCACAGCAUCGCCUCAGGUCUUCAUUAUCUACACAGCAGCUCUCCGCCAGGCACCAACAGCACAGGAGAGUUCAAGCCGUCAAUAGCUCACUGCCACCUGGCCACGUACAAUGUGUUUGUUCGCCGUGAUGGUAGCGCAUGCAUCGGAAACCUGUGUAGCUCUGUUCCAAAGUCCGCCCAUGGGACAGAAUCUCAGGUGGGCGGUGUAGCAAAGACAACGGCUAACUACUUUAUUCCGGUGGUGGGUAGUCCACGCUACGCGUCACCGGAGAUGCUGUCCAUGUGGGUGGACGCGUAUGAAGAUUUUGAUAUCCUGCUGGCGUCCGAUAUCUACAGCUUCUCACUGAUCAUGUGGGAGAUUCUUGUCAUGUGCCCUGUGGGCCAAGCUAGCAAUAUCUCCCCCUACUGCAAGGUGUAUAGUGAUGUCACAGGACAGAAGCCCAGCUUGAGAGACAUGCAAUAUCACGUUGUAGAACUGAGAGGUAGACCGGUGCUAGACCCAACCUGGACUGAGAACAAGCACCAUCGCGACAUCACGGAUCUGAUGCGUUCAUGCUGGCACACCAACUACCGGUGUCGGUUGACAGCCGGUGCAGUGCUGGCCAGGCUGGAGAAGCUAGUGGAACAGCUGCAGCGCACAACACAGCAUGGUGGUCAGGGCAGCAACGACGGUGGCGAGCCAUCCAGGCACUACGAGAACGUCGACGCCAGCGCGUUGACGUUUGCACUGGGCAGCCAGGACGCGGGCGAGAAGCCGGCCUACUCGUCGUCCUCAUCUCUGCCGUCGGACUGCGAGCGUUACAGUCAAGACCCAUUGGCCAUUGCUGGUGGUGCGAGUAGCCAUCUCUCCUCCUCGUCCUCCGCCUCAUGCUCUUCCCACUGGCCGGUGGUGACCCGGGUGGACCUGAGCGGCGGUGGCGGGGGGCGUUUGCCCCUGGUCCGGGAGUGUCACAUUGAAGGGCAGGACGCGGACGGGUACUGCCCGAUGAAGUCCAUCCCCGACUGAAAGAGGCGGAGAUGUCUACUCAUCCAGUGCAUCCCUUAGCUGCAGGAUCAUGGCUAUGCAUGUACAGUGCUACUCAACGGAUCCAGUUGUGUCACUCAAGUACGCGGCGGGCGUUCCGCAGCCAUAGACCUGCGAACACUGGGUUGCGGAAAGGUGCAAGGCGCAAACUUGAAUGACACGACUGGAUUUUAUUGAGCAGCACUGUUCAUGCUCAUUUUUGUAACACAGUAAACCCUCCACUGUUCAUAGCAGUCGCACAUGCAGCUAAACCGCUUAGCUGCUGCCAGAAAUGGGUCGAGUGAUUUUUUUGUGACGAUAGCUCCUGGUCGAUGGUCCUACUGACGGAGCACGAUCGGAUUACCGUUGACGACAACAGGUCAAGUCCGUGUUCCAUUAUUUGCGAGAUUCUCCAGUCAAAGUGUGCAUGUCAAUUGUUGUUGUGCAAUCAUAGCCCCCACUUCCCUGCCCCGGCGUAUCCACCUUCUUGUGAAGGAAAUCUCCGUAGUCCAUAAUUCACCCAAAUACAAACACGCGCACGCACAGCUACCCUGGCAAUAUCAUCAUCAUUGGCAUUGAAAUCUAUCACGUAAUGCCGUUCAGUCAGACAUUUCUGCCAAUCAUCACAUUUGAAAUUUUGAAUCACUUCCGGCUACUGACUCAAUGAGUUUACCGGGGUCCCAUUUUCUUGAUACUCCUUUCGACAGUGUUGUCAUUUUUGAUCACCACCAUGAAAUCGAUAUGCUGGAAUGCCAAUAUGCCACCCCUCCCCCGCCCCUCUGCUCGACCCAUCAGUAAUCCACAGUGUUCUGAGCUUGUUUGUUUUCAUGCACACGUUGGGUUGAUGUUCUCAUCCGGUUACUCGGCUACUCUGCACAAUCAUAAGAAAAGUGAUCUCCACUAACUGAAAUCUGAAAAUGUGCUCUCUGGUGA